AUGGUACCGCAACCAAUAUACCGCUUCAUCGACUCCUCUCGAAACGUCAUAGAAUACGACUUCGACCCCUCCCUCCGCUCCGAAAACGGCGACGGCCCCAUCUCCCUAGAACGCAAGUCCCGCCGCGCAACCCACUCCGACCUCUCCUCGCUCCUCUAUCCCGAGCCCAAAGCCGGCGACGAGCUGUUCCGGUACAUAGCUCAGGAUGGCGCCGAAGUGAGCUAUCAAUAUGACCCAGGGAGCACGAAUGGGAAAGACUACGUUGUGGUGGUUGUGCGGACGCCGGAGAAUUGGAGGAAGAUGAUGCGGAGGGAGGAGAAUUUGGCGUAUAAGGGUGUGGGUGAUUGGACACCACCGGUGCCUGUACAGGCAAGUGCGGGGAUGGGGAUGCCGACGGCGGCAGGGAAAGGGGAGAAGAUGCCGAGUGGGAAUAGGAGGGAUUCGGCGAUCAAUGUCGAUUGA